AGCUCCGAUACCUUUCACAACUUCACCAACCUCAAUGACCAGAUCUACUUCUAUUGCAGCCUCGGUGGAAUCCUACAGAUCAACUCAAAGCACCGACGAUGACUGGAAUAUUGAGACACUUAGAGAAUUGACGGAUGUUGUACGCGAGGCCUUGCAGCUGGGGUCUCUUCCCAGCGCACCUUUAGAAAUCCUGUCCGAAAUACUCAAAGCGCUCUUAUUCGAUGAACAAUCCAAGAGUACUGCAGUCGGCCUAGAUUUGAUAGCAAUGACAUAUUUCGACAAGACUCUUGACGCUAUAUUGUCCCAAACGACCAAGAAUAUAGCAAUCUCAGAAGCGAGCAUUCAGGAGAUCUUCUCACGCGCAACUUCUCUCCAACAUAAGUGGCAGCAAAGGUUCAAGGAAGAGUACUUCUCGAUUGAUUACAUUCGAAUCAAGGACAUAAGAGAAGGAGCGCUCCGCGAUGUGACAUUGAACGUGGAGGAUUGGAAGAAUGACAAGAUUUGGUUGGUUGCACGCAAUGAGCCCGUUUCACACCACCAAGGUGACGUCGGCUUCGAAGUUGGAAGCUGGUGGUUAAAUAUAGCCUGCGCGUUCCGUGAUGGCAUUGUUGGAGGAACGGAUGAGAAGGCAACAAAAGGGCCGUACAAUGUUACCGCGCUGCCAUUGCUCACGGGGGAAGAAGUCGAAGGCCCAACGCUGAACAUGUAUGAAUACACCAAAAGAGGUACAAGUAAAGAGAUGCCCUUCAGUAUAUUAGGGAAUCGUGGGGGUCCGAUCAGAAUUUUGCGAGGGCAUGCUCUGAAAAGCAAAUUCGCACCGAAGAUCGGUGUUCGAUACGACGGAUUGCAUGUUGUCAAACAAUACGGCCACAAACUCGUCGACCAGAAUAACAAUAUCUACCAAUGUAGGCUCGUUCUAGAGAGAGCCACCGGGCAGAAGCCAAUCAACGAUAUCAUUCUGCCUCUGACGCCUUCGCAAAUGGAUGAUUGGGCCCUAUACAUUCGGAUUGUUGGAGAGCAGAUUCGAGCUGGUCAGGGGGAUGUGGCAUAUAGUGAGUGGAGAGAGUUCCUGGAUGCGCAACGCAUGGCCAAGGAGGAAUAUAUACAAAAGAAGGCUCUCGAAGCCAGCUUUCCAAGGUACAAGUUGAUCACAAGGAAGAGGAUCAUGUCCCAAGACUAAUUGGGCAGGUAUGGCUUUGGUUUUGCAGUGGUUUACUGGAUUGAGGUUGUUGAAAUUCAGGGGCUGGGUCAACCUCGGUAUAUGUAUUAUCACGGUGGCGUGGCGUGGGUGGCGUCGGUGGCAUUACAUGACUCGGCAAAGGAGUGCACGGUGAUUUUUAGUCUUCACUAGCGGCCGCAUCAUUGUAGCCGAGUUUUUAUAACACUGGAG